AUAAGUUCACGUUUAAAGCAAGGAUGCCCAUGAUCACCUACUAUUUAACAUAAGGUGAAAUUUGUUGCUUAUAGCAAUAAAAGAAAAAAAAAGACAAAUUAAAGGAAUAAGCAUAGACAGAAAAGAAAUAAAGAUAUCACUUUUUGUGGAUUUUAUUUUAGCUAGAACAUCCUAGAGUCUAUCCAAAAUUAAUUGAAACAAUAAAUUCAGAAGUUGUGAAGCGAUAUAAAAUAAACCCACAUGAAUCAUUAGCAUUUCAAACCUAGCAGAGAGAGCCACUUAUAGAAAAUCUGUUUUAUUGCUGGAGGCAAUUCUCUUAUCCUCACUCCCUACCCCUACCACCAACACACAGUUUCAGCCAUGGUGACUUUGGAGUGAGGAUUCCAAUAUAAUGGAGCCAGUCAUCCUGGCAGAGAAGCCCAGACAAUCAGGAUUGUCUCCAUCUUAGUUGAUCUGGGAAAGCCAAUUGUGACCUGUCAAAGUUUCUCCCAUCAUCUGCCACCUUCACUCCUACCCAGGUGCUUUUGAGUAAAAAUGGACUCAUCCAUCCUGAGUCCAGUACAAACAUGUUACUGAAUUUCAACUGGGCCCUCCCUACUGGGUUGGGCAAUCCUACUACACUUCCAUUGUCAGCUCCCUGUCUUUCACUCCAGAGGGGCUCUUCCAAACCUCCCAUGACUCCUCCUCCCCGUCCUUCUUUCAGAUGAGAACGCUGCUUCCUAUUUUAUAUUCGAAAUUGAGGCCAUUCAGCGUCAACUCCUUCUCUUCCCUUCUUCCUCACAUCGUGUCUCUCUAGAAUCUUCUGUCCCUCUUUCCUCCUUCAUUCCUGUCUCAUAUGAUGAGGUAACCUUCCUUCUUAUCAAGACCAACCAAUUGCACAAAUAAUUCUAUUCCAUCUCAUAUCUUCCAACAGGGAUUGCUCCCUCUGUCAUCUCCAGUCUCAUUUACUUUCAGUCUCUCUCUCUCUACUGCCCACAAAUAUUCUCCUGAGGGUGAAAAAUUAACUCAUUUGAUCCUUAUAUCUUCAAUAACUUUCAUCCUUUACCUCUUUUUUUCUUUGGUGGCUAAACUCCUUGAAAAGGCUUCUCUCUCAACCUGUUAAAAUCCAGCCUCUAAUCUCUUCUUUCUACUAAAACUUCUCUCUCUAAAAGUUACUAAUGACCUAUUAAUUUGCAAAUCCAAAUGGCCUUUUAUCAGUCCUCAUUCUCCUGGACCUCUCGACAAUCCCUGACACAAUUAUCACUCCCUCCUUAAUGCUCUUUUUUCCCAGGUUUUUACCUCAUCUCUCUCUUUCUGGCUCUCUCCUGGGUCUCCUCCUACUUCUCUGCCCACUCCUUCUGAGCCUCCUUCUCCAGAUCAUUCCUUCUAAACACAGGUGUCCCUCAGGUUCUGUUUGGGGUCUUCUUUUCCUCUCCCUCUAUACUUCUUCACCUGGGAAACUCAUUAAUUCACAUGGAUUUAUUACUAUCUCUAUGCUGAUCAUUCUCAUAUUUGCCUUUCCUUCCCCAAUCUCUGUUGAUCUCCAAUCUCAAACCUUCAAUUGUCUCAUAGACAUCAAUGUCCAGUAGACCUCUUAAAAUCUAUAUUCGAUGAGGCAGUGGCUAAAGUACCAGUCUUGAAAUCAGGAGGACCUAAGUUCAAAUCUAGCCUCAGAAACUUAAAGUUCCUACCUCUGUGAUCCUGGGCAAGUCAUUUAAUCCCACUUGCCUCAGGGUUAAAAAAAACACAUUAAAAAACCAUAUCUAUAUUCAUAUUACCUUUCCAAUCUUGUUACACCUCCCUCCUCAACAUGUAUGUUCAAAAUCAAAAAUCACAUCAGGAGGGAUGUGUGUGUGAAAUGAUUCAUAUGGAUUCCUUCUGAUCAGUAUUAAUCAGUUUGAUAUUUUAUAUAAAUCAUAUUGGAAGACUUAGAUUAGAUCUUAUAGUAGGCUUUAAUAAUAGGUCUCACAUUUUAAUGUAAAUAUUAAUUUACAAGUGAAUGUUAAUUCACAAUUUUUUUUUUUUUUACCAGUAUUUUGGGCCGUCACAAGAACGCUGAUAAAGUUAUCUCUGUCCCUUUUCCCUCAAAUUGCACGUCCAAACAAACCCGGAAGGGGUGUGGUACCUUGAUUCUUUGGAAAGUCCCCCAACCUAUUUUAGUAUCUCUUAUUCAACAUGACCCCUUAGUGGAGAUGCCUCCUGCUUCACCCAAGCUGUGACGACACUCCCUGUGAUGACAUCAUUUUUGGCCCUCAGGAGAAGGAGAUUCUAUAUUUUAUAUGCUUUUUUUUUUCCUUUUUUCAGAGCUGGAUGUCUCACUCCAUAAAAAACUCCCUAAGGUCCUGGGGAGCAAGGGCAUCUCAGAUCCUGGGUCCCCUUCAUUAGGAGGGACCACGGACCCUUUAACAAAGUGCCAUUGGCUCAGAGUUGUGAAUUUUUUCUUGCAGGAUGGACAGUUUUGAACCCCACAGGCCCUUUUCUCCCUCUCAGCUCCGGGCACUCUCUCUGGCCGUCCCAUUUCUGGAACAUCCUCCCCUCUCUGCCAUUGUACUGAUCUCCACGAUUUUUUCAAACUAAAAAUCUCUUCUAGAGGAAGUUUUCCCCCAGCCGUCCUCCGGCUGUUAACGAAUCCUUUUCGAUCCUGGAUACAGCCGUUCUAUUACCCCUCCCUCCCCCUUUUUUCUGCUAGCCUCCGCAUUAGGUUGUAAGCUCCUGGGGGCAGGGACUGUGCUUUGUCUUUCUUUGUAUUCCCAAGGCUUAGAGCCGUGCUUGGAAAACUUAAUAAGUGCUUAUUGAUUGACAGCUAUUUAAAUGUGCACAAAUUGUCUUCUCCUAUAGAAUGUAAGCUCUUUGAGGCCAGAAACCGUUUCCUUUACCUUACAUGUGCAUUACUUCGCAGGGUAAAUUACUAGACUCUCAUUAAACCGCACGUAAACUUAACCGAGAGGCUAAAUGACCAGCGUAGAAGCAGUUCAGGACUCCAUUUCCCAGAAUCCUUCAGGUCGCAGUCUUCCCCUUAAGACGAGCCUCCAUUUCCCUGAAUCCACCUGGAGGGCCACGUGACGUGCGCACGAGCUUCACGCCCGUUGUCUGUGCUUGCUCGCCCCGCCCUCCUCCAGAGGCAUUCUGGGAGUCGUAGUUUCGGCCUGCUCGCGGGCAGGCGCCGAUUCAGCUGCGUGAACAUUUUCGGCUCGUCUUUUAUUUAUUUUUUUGCGCCGCUCCUGGGCCGGUAGGUGGUGAGUGGCAGCCUUUUGUCGAACCUACAAGGCCCCAUUGUGGGGCCCUGGAGCCCCAGCCCUGUCGGAUGGUGACGACGUUGGGGGAGUUCCGUGCAGGGCCGGAAUCCAUCUGGGUUGGAACAUCCUUGUCCUGAGAGCCUUCUCUUCAGAACGUCAGCACAGACCCUGAUGCGAAGGAGUUAGUGGCUGGUGUGUGUAGGAACCUGCUGGUCCUUUGUGGAGAGCGCAACCUUAGAGGGAGGUCACCGCAGUCAAGAAAGGUCAAGAAGAGAGUGACCAUGAAGGGCGUGGACCUGACACUGGAGGAGAGAGUUCUGACUUCUCAGGACUCUGGCCUCGAAGCAGGAAUCGAUGGGGAGGAGACAAUGGCUUCAGAGUUCCUAAAAGCCAAGUCCCAGAAAUUACUGACAUUCCAAGAUGUGGCCGUGGACUUCACCCGGGAGGAAUGGGGGCUGCUGGAGCCGGCGCAGAAGGACCUGUUCCGGGAUGUGAUGCUGGAGAGUUAUGAGAACUUUGUGUCCCUGGGGCUUCCAGAUUCCAAAGAAGAUGUGAUCUCCCAGUUGGAGAAGACAGAAGAACCGGGGCCUCCUGAAGGAGAAGUCGUCCCAGGAAACACUUACACAGUGGAGGCCUUGGAAGGGAAGCAGGUUGGGCACUUGUUGGCAGUGUCUUGGAGCACCCGGAGUGCCGUGGAGUCUUGGUCAUGGUCAGCGUAUAUCCCGACAGCCGACUCUGUGAAGGUAGAAUGA